AGCACGGUGGAUUCGUUGGAGUAGCCGUAAGCUUCCACCGCAAUCAAGCUCAAUACAUCUGAAACUUUCAUCCCCUUGCAGGCUUCGGGAUGGGCUCCGUGCGCCGCUCCCGUAGGUUGAGCCGGGCUUCGGGAGAGGACUCUGGUGGUAGUUGUUGGACAGAUCGAGGAAGUGGAGGCCGGCAUCUAAGUUCAAGAGAAGCAAGGCAAGAGUCUCCAAUUCCUUUCCCUUCGCCAGAGGUACCGGUAGUAUUGUAUAGUUGCAUGAGCCCUAGGACUGUGCAUGAGGAGUUGCAAGGUUUAGAUGGGGAAAAAAUUGGAUUGCUACGCGAGGUAGGUCUAGGUGGAUUGAUGAGUUUGCCGAGCAUUAAGGUUGUAAAUCGUGGUUUCUCACUGUGGUUGUUGUGUAGAUUAAGGCCAGAGGACAUGAAACUGCAGCUAGGUGACAACAGUUUCGCAGCUAUCAGGGAGGAAGACAUCAAUAGGGUCCUAGGAAUUGUCAGUGGAAGAGAGUUGGUUAGCAAUGUGCAUUCAGGUUUAGUUGAGCAUAAGGUGAAGCAGUUGUUGGGAGUUCAUGUACUGAACAUUAGCAGUGUCAGAGGUGUUCUUGAGAACCUAAGAAAUAAGAGUGGUCUCAAUUCGGAGGAGAAGAAUGCAUUCCGGGUGGCGGCUGUUUUGGUUUCAUUCGGUUAUAUGUUGUGGGCAAACAACCAUGGUGGAGCUACGAUCUGCAAAGAACUACUCGCUGCUUGCUCAGUUCCAGAGAAGUUGCGCAUGACCAAUUGGGAAAAAUUCAUACUACAGACACUGAGCAGCUCAGCAACAAAAAUCCAAGAUGAUCUGAGAGCAGGUGCUGGUAGUGUGCUCCUAGGAGGUUGCUUGAUUUUCCUAUAGAUCUUGUACUUGGACUGCUUGGAAUUUGGAGUAUCUUCCGUGCCUGCAAAUACCCUCCCACGCAUAGCAGGCUACACAGCGGAGAAGCUUCGAGAGUUGAUAAGGAUGGAUAAGUUGAAUCAGGGUGCUGGAGCAGCUGCAACUUUUGGUCAAAUAAAGAGAAGAAGGAAUGGGGUGACAUGAAGUCAGGGUAAGGAGAAGAAUGUAUCAGAUGCAUGUAGAGGGGCAGGUGAAGGGGGCGGGCCAGCGGAUUCAGCGAAGAUGAUGAACAUGGCCGAUAGAGCUGAAGUAAUGGCAUUGCUAGAGCAAAGAGACAAUUCGCUGUUGAGAAAUUUGGCAACCCAACUGGACAUGAGACGUCAUGAGUUAGUUAAAGAAAUAUUUGGGCAGACUUGCGGUAUAGGUGCAAACAAGGUAGGGACUGAGCAAAAUGUUUCAUCGUCAGUGGCACCAACUAGGUGUGCUGCUAAAGUUGACAUUGGUAUAUCAAGAGACAAUGAUGCAGCAGGUGUGGGAGACCCUGGUAGGGUUGGAAGGGGAAAUCGAAGGAAUGAACAAGGGAUGCGGUACAAGGUAUGCGCGGUGCGCCGUAAGCGAGAUGGGACUGAAGCACGUGCAACUUUCGGAGGCACUCAUGAAUGUACUGGUGCCGAAGGUGAGGUCCAACUGAAGAAGAAGACGAAGGUUCUGAUUGGUUAUGACGAACAAAUCAAGAGAGCAGGAGAUAACUUGGGUACGACAGAGGUGCCACUGCCACGAAGCAUAAGGAACAACAGUUUUAUAGUAUCGUGGAUGAUAAAGUCGACAGGAUUUUUCAAUAAUACAGGUGGCAGUGCAAUGAAUGUACAUGUUGGGUAUGGGUAUGCAGGUACCUCUGGGAUGGACCAUAAUAAGAAAGCAUUGUUAAAAAGGACUAGAGUACGAAAGGAAUGUAACAUUAAGAGACAGCGCAAGAAGUGUGGGGUUGCGGAGGAACCACCUUUCCCAUUUGGACGUAAUAGAAUUGAGGUUAUACCAGAAGCGGCACAUGAAGUAUAUGAAUGGGUCAUAAACUGUACAUCAACUGAAUUGAAGCGAGAGUGGAUAGCUCACACGCGCUCUAGUAUGGAGACACGAAUAAAGGGGGAGCGGCUAAAAGCUGAGCUGAGCAUUGAUGGCCGCAUCGGAAAUGACGUGUGCUCGCUGAUUUUCCGUAUUCUGGAGAGGGAAGACCAUGAAUUGUAUAAGUACCGGGGGCUGAAAAGAAGUCGUCACUUCAUUCCACCAGAAUGGGGGGUAAUUGCUAGUUUCAUUCGAACAGAAUUGUAUAAGUACCGUAGGCUGAGUUGUAACUGACGUCUUUGAUUUGUGUGU